CGCUCCGUCGCUUUUACCUCGCGCUGGCUAGUAGCUCUGCCGCAUUCGUACGUGAUACGAAAGAGACACGCGUCCACGACACAAUUGCGUAUAACAGCCUCCUAGAAACCGUUCUUGAGUCGUCUAUGUGGUUCGGCGUACAAAGGACGCGUGGGUGCAUUACGCUGCCUGGACCAUCGAUGAAUUGUGCGUGCACCUAAAGGAUAGACGGGGAGAGUGUAGAUCAAGUGUUUACGCAGCUAAGUUUGCUCGUGUGUUGUGAAACGAAGAAGGUGGAUGUCUUCGGAAAUAGCGGGGAAAUUCUGCGAGCGGAUUUCUACUGGCUGGGUCACGUCGGUCCGACUACUGAACUUUCGACGAGUCAGUUCGACCUCGCGCUCCAGUGCACGCGUUUAAGUACCCAGUUUUAAAGGGGUUACUACGUGUGAUUUUUCGAAAGGUUUCAAAGUGACACCACGGAACAGAGACCGCUAUUUACAACACGAAGCAACGUCGUUAAAGCGUGGCCUCGUCGCGUCCUAGGAUUCGCUACGUUGAUCAGCCGAUUGCAAAAUGGGGUGUUUUGGGAGCAAAGACAAGUUGAGCAAAGAGGAUAUGGAUUUCCUAAAGUCGCACACGAGAUAUGAUGAAGCGACUAUAAAAGAAUGGUACAAGGGAUUCAAACAAGACUGCCCGAACGGUCGGUUAACGCCAGCAAAGUUUGUCGACAUGUACAAAAUGUUCUUCCCGUCUGGCAACGCGGAGGAAUUCUGCGAUCAUGUCUUCCGUACAUUCGACAUGGACAAAAAUGGCUACAUCGACUUCAAGGAGUUUCUGUUAGCCAUCGACGUAACAUCCAGCGGAACGCCGGAAGAGAAAUUGAAAUGGGCUUUCCGUAUGUACGAUGUCGAUGGAAACGGUGUCAUCGAUAUUCAAGAAAUGACGAAGAUCGUACAGGCAAUAUACGACAUGCUCGGAGCGUGUUCUAGUAACAGGCCGGCGGACAGCGCGGAGGAAAGAGCAAAGAACAUCUUCGCAAAGAUGGACGAGAACAAUGACGGUCAGCUUACUCAAGACGAAUUUUUGAAGGGUUGCCUCCAGGACGAGGAACUCUCAAAGAUGCUGGCCCCCUAA